ACUAGUUUGUGUGGUUGAGAGUUAGGGCUGCCAUGAGCACGUCCACUGGAGCUCAGGAGUCUUCUCUGCGCUUUGGUCAGGUCGUUAUUGGGCCACCUGGCUCAGGGAAAACGACCUACUGCCGAGGCAUGUAUGACUUCCUGAGUCAAGUCGGGCGCAAAGUCGUGGUAAUAAACCUGGAUCCUGCCAACGAGGGACUUCCGUAUCAGUGUGCAGUGGACAUUUCAGAACUAGUCACACUUGAAGAUGUGAUGGAGGGGCUGAAACUUGGCCCUAACGGAGGCCUUAUCUAUUGCAUGGAAUAUUUAGAGGCCAAUUUGGACUGGUUAGAAGCUAAACUGAAGCAGCACCAUGACUGUUAUUUCCUUUUUGACUGCCCUGGCCAGGUGGAGCUUUACACUCAUCAUAGUGCAGUCCGAAAUAUAUUUGCCCAGCUAUCCAAGUGGAAUUUCAGGUUGACUGCAGUCCAUCUGGUGGACUCUCAUUACUGUGCCGAUCCAGCCAAGUUCAUUUCUGUCCUCUGCACCUCGCUGUCCACCAUGCUUCAAGUGGAACUGCCUCAUGUCAAUGUUCUCUCCAAGAUGGACCUUAUUGAACAGUAUGGCAAGCUGGCCUUCAAUCUUGAUUACUACACGGAGGUUAUGGACCUGUCAUACCUGGUGGAACAUUUAGCCACUGACCCAUUCUUUAAGAAGUUCCAUCAUCUGAAUGAGAAGUUGGCUGAGGUGAUCCAGGACUACGGUCUUGUCUCCUUCGUCCCUCUGAAUGUGCAGGACAAGCAGAGCAUGAUGCAGGUCCUUCGCACAGUGGACAAGGCCAAUGGCUACUGCUUUGGGGACUUGGAGGAAAGAAAUCUGCAAGUUAUGAUGUCUGCUGCUGUUGGAGCAGAUUUUCAGUUUAACUUAGCUCUUGGAGUACAAGAGAGAUAUGUGGAAACCAAUAAAAAGACUUUGGAAGAAGAGGUCAUGGACUUGUAACUGUAAUAAAAGCUUAAUUUAAUGA